CAUAUUUUCAUAGUCUAUGGUCAAAUACUAAACCUAAAUAAAGUGAAACUGAAUCGUAAACUGACGAAAAAAAUCUAAAAUUACCCUAAAUCUCAUCGAAAAUAAAUUGUUCGUCGCGGUAAUAUUUCCGUUACACUGCAGUAGAUAAUUUAAAUAUCUCAUAAUUUUAUUAUCUACCUUCCAAUGCCAAUAAUUGCGAAAUCUGUCGAGAAAUAGAGAAGGUUAUAACAACAAUAAGUCACUUAACUGCGAGUUCAGUACGAUUGGGAAGUAGGGCGAGCUGGUAGCUGGCAGUGAAGAUGGACCCGGAACACCAACCAAAACUGAGCCCCGUGCGUGCAUACCAAGCUCUUCACGGCAUUAAUCAAGAUAUUGAGGAGACAUAUCCAAGCCUCUCUGAGUACCAUGACUAUGAGCCAAGCCUGGAGUUUGAUGACUCAGAGAUCAUACAGAGCAGUGGUCUAGCGCCGCUGCCGCCCGAGCUGCUGGAGCUGGGCGCCGAGCUGGCGGACCGCAGCGCCAUCGACGGCACCAUCGAGGAGAACUUCGAGGAGGAGCUCGCCUCCGCGCCGCAGGUCUACGCCGAGAUCGCUACAUCAUCGGCCGAUGAGCCAGGGUUCGCCGAGCUGAGCAGCACGGGCGUCGUGGAGGUGGUGGGUGAUGACGAGGGGGGGCGUCGCAUCAUCGUGGUGUCCGCCUGCCGCCUGCCGCAAUCCAAGGAUCUGCACCCCGACCGGCUGCUGAGAUACCUGAUGUUCACGCUCGACAAAUACGUGGAGCAAGACUACAGCGUGGUGUACUUCCACUUCGGGCUGACGAGCAAGAACAAGCUGCCGCCGUCGUGGCUGUGGAAGGCGUACAAGGCGUUCGACCGCAAAUACAAGAAGAAUCUGAAGGCUCUGUACCUGGUGCACCCAACCAACUUCAUCCGCAUCGUGUGGCAGAUGCUGAGACCGGCCAUCAGUGUGAAGUUUGGGCGCAAGAUGAUGUAUGUGAACUACCUUCACGAGCUGCAGCAGCACCUGGACCUGGACAAGCUGUGCAUCCCCGAGCCCGUGCUACAGUACGACAAGCUUCUGCUCUCCAAGAGUCCCCGCGCCGCCGAAGCCGCCCGCGCCAGCGCCGACCGCGCAGACGAAGCCCGGGCCGAGGAGCCGCCCGCCGCCGGCAGCCUGGCGCCGCCGCCCACGCAGCAGUUCGGGGUCUCCCUGCAGUUCAUCAGGGAGAACCACCCCGACAUGAGGGACAGCAUCCCGCCCGUCGUGCGCGAUUGCGUCAACUUCUUGUCGGCUCCGGACGCUCUGGAGACGGAGGGCAUCUUCCGCCGCUCGGCCAACAUCACGGUCAUCAAGGACCUCCAGCGCCGCUGCAACGCCGGCGAGGAGCUCGACUUCCGCGGCGACCCGCACGCCGCCGCCGUGCUGCUGAAGACGUUCCUGCGCGACCUCGAGGAGCCGGUGCUGACGUUCAGCCUGUACGACGAGAUUCUGCAGUUCCAGAGCUGGUCCAACAAGGAAAAGCCUCGCCAAGUGAAGAUCCUGAUCCUGGAGCGCCUGCCGCUGGACAACUACAAGCUGCUGAAAUAUGUCAUCCAGUUCCUGUGGCAGGUGCAGGACCGCAGUUGCCUGAACAAGAUGACCAGCUCCAAUCUGGCCGUGGUGUUCGGGCCGAACCUGGCGUCGCCUCCCAGCGGCCAGAUGUCGCUCCAGGCCAUCGCUCCGAUCAACGCAUUCACCGACUUCCUGCUCGAGAACCAGGAGUCCAUCUUUAUCAUCUAAAAACAGCAUCCUUAUAGAGCCACGCCAUUGGCCCGCUCCCAGCCAAUCGGUGCGCUCGCAAGGCUCUGUAUUCUAUUCGAAGCUGCGUUUUUAAAUUGAGAUUUUAAUAGAGAAUGACGUAGUGUGGUAUGGAUAUUAUGAAGAUUGCAUUUGAAUGUCUUGACACUUUUAUUCAUGAGUAUUUUUUGGAAUUAUAACGAGUGGCAUGUCGGCAAAGGAAUGUUUUGUAAAGUCUCAAUUGAAAGCUAAGCUGUAAACGGAACUACUAAGUCUUACGAGUCUACCUGAUUGUUAGUUAAUCGCCUCUGGCGUUAUUUAAAUAUUCUUGAUGUAUAAUGGAAUCAAUAUUAAUCUUAUAUGUGUAUGAAAAAAAAUACUACAUCUUUCUAAGCGUUACACGCAAUCGGUCUAUGUCAGGUCUGUUUAUAAUCAUACUCAACAGCUGUCGUCCGCAUUGGUUAAACUUGAACGCACUCGUAUAUAUAAUAUAUGAUUCUAUAUGAUGAUAUAUAUAUUUUAGUUGAAGGUACGCGAGGAGAGCACUUGGUGAAAGUUAAGUGAUAGUAUCAUUCCAACUUCGGAAAUUCGUUGGUAGAUUCUAGGAAUCUCUUGAGGUGUAGGUCACUCGUGAUUCGCACAACUGUAGGCGAUUACUUCUAUCAGAGCAGGUUAUUGUUGAGAUUAAUAAUACAUAUAUUCAAUAUAUAUGUAAUGUUUCCUUUCACUUCCUGAUUACUUCUGCGAGUAUUAAAACGUACCAGCUUCACUGGUUACACAUAAAAUAUGUAUUGUAUUGGUAUAGGGGUUUAGAUUCACACAUGUUUGAUUUUAUUCUCACCGAAAUAGUAACUUUCAUUAAAUAUUUGGAGUAGACAAUAUAUAUAUUUAUAUACUUAGAAAAGAACUGAUAAAAUUAUUCACACACGUCUUAUUAUUUCAUCUUAUUAUUA